AUGGAGGCGCUGGUCGCGGCCUCCAGAAUCUACUUCGCCAUCCACCACCCGAUUCAGUACAACGUCAAGGUGAAAAAUCUCGGCCACGUGCAUCCAGAUUAUCUUCCCACUUUCCUUGGCUACUGGAAUCAGGAGAACACUGAUUCAAAGGACGACCCUGAUGCGGCACAAAACCCAAACAACACGGACAAUUUUUGA